AUGACCUGGGACAAGCUCAAGAGUUACUUGGAAGCCAAAUUCCCAAAGUCCAAGUAUCCCGGGCUGGAAUUCAAGGAGGUUCGAGUCGACGAUUAUUGGGUUUUUGAAGUACCCGAGCUUCUGACAGCGGACGACCGAAAGCAGCUGGAGAAAUUGAGAGACCAGGAUCAAACUCGGCACCCUUCCCAGUCGCCAGAGCCGGAAUGA